AGGUGAAGUAUAAACGUACGUAGGCAUCCGCGUUGUGACCAACCCACACAGAGUCAGAGAGCAUAGUUUACAGCGCUUCAACAACCUGUCGUACUACAAGCUUCUGAAAGGUUCUGCAGUGAAUGAUGGUGAUGGCCUCUUUGGCGUUACUGGCAAUCGCCACUGCGUGUCUGAUUCUACAGAUGCAAACUACAUUAACCAAUGCAGCCGAUGUGUACUCAUUUGAGAAAGCCGUCUACACCGUAGCUGAAGAUGCUGGUCCGGCAACGGUCUACGUAAAACGGACUGGACCACACGACGCUGCGAGUUCAACUGUCGAUGUUUCGAGUUCUGACGGCACAGCUGUGAUCGGAAGAGACUAUGUAGCUGUAUCAACCACUCUAAACUUCCAAAUGACAAACAACAGAGUCACCGUUGAUGUUCAAGUCAUAGAUAACGUCAUGGCCAGUAACGGAUCUGGGAUACAUUGCUUCACCUUGACCUUGACGAAUCCAAAUCCCAGUGGCACCCUCGGGACAAAUGCUCAAAUCUGCAUCACCGACAAUGACAACAUAUUUACAGGAACGUGCCCACCUCAAGAAGCUGUGAUAGAGUCAAACGGAGAAGCAGUUAUUGAGGCCAAUGUCACCAGCGAUAAAGCUACUGCCGUCAUCAGCUGGGCCGAGUUCUCUACAUUUCAACCGGCGCUGGAAACGUCGUACAGGUGCUUCCCUGCAGGACAGCCGCCUAGCAGUGAAUGUAGGAAUGGAGGCGCCUUCCCCAUCACCUAUACGUUGAAUGCUUCCGAUCAAUACAACAGAAGGAUUAAGGUGCAGUACACAGUUGCUACUCAACUGACCCCGACACGGGUGGAACACAACUGUGAAUUCUACGUGCGCGUUCUUGAUUCGAUACCACCAAUAAUUACCUGUCCAGCUGACCUGAAUGUCACCGCUAAGGGCCUGAACGGCACCGCUGUCUGGACGGAGCCAGCCGGCACCGACAAUUCGGGAGUGGUCACAACCAAUACCUAUUCGCCGCCUCUGGUUCUGAGCAUCGGAAGCCAUCUCUUCACCUACACUGCCGAAGACAGUUCUGGAAAUGCGGCAUCGUGCAUUUUUAAUAUUACCGUUACCCCAGAUGACGUACCACCGAUGAUAACCUGUCCUGCAACUGCAACCGGCGUGACGGAUCCAGGUUUAUCAACAGGCAAGAUAAAGUUUCCCAUCGCCACUGUCUCAGACAACUCUGGGUUACCCAUUGUGCCUGUGGCCAACGCAACGUCCAUGGUGACUCGCUUCCCUGUCGGUGAAACUGUCGUGGAGUUUGUAGCGACAGACGCCAGCGGCAACAGCGCCACUUGCACUUUCAUCGUCAAAGUCGACGUCAGAAAGAACGCAGGUGGGAGCAGCGAUCGAGCAGUAAUAAUUGCCAUUGUCUGUGUGAUAGUCGCUGUUCUGAUUGUUGUUGUCUGUGCCGUCAUACUAUACAUGAAGCGUCGCCGACGUCAUGCAAAGUACUCGCAGGCAAGCGAUGGAAAUCGGGAGAUGGCUGAAAUCGAUUAAGUCACCGUCAUCAAGUUUGAGACAACGAGAAUUCUUCGAGCUGUUUGCAGAGUAGCAGAAGAUCUGAAAGGUCAGCUGCAGUACGGAUGAUGCUUGUAACAGCUUUGUCAGUUUAACCGAGGUUGUGGGUCUUGCGAGGUAUCCUUGUCGGUAGUAAUUAUGCUCUUUGCUUGUAGUAUAAAGCAGAAGAUUUUCAACUGUUCCAUUUCAGCAAUUUUGUAAAUGCUGGUACCUAUACAACUACUUCAGGUAUUAAUAUCCAUAUUUGGUUUAUUACAUUGUUAUUUUAUAAGAGAUGUGCUGUAACCAGUAUGGCCUUGCAUGAGAUCACUGUAUACAUCGACCGAAGCGUUUAAGUAGUGACAUACGGUGACAGUUACAUAUGGUUUCGCGCACAUAGCUCGAGCAAUGGACUGGAUAGCACCUGUCACAUUGUUUCUGCCAUUAUACUGGAUCGCUUCUGAGUGUACUGUGAUCUCAUAUGCAUAUUGGCCCAUCUACCAGCUACCCUUUGUAGUUUCAACAGAAACACAUGGCAUUUAGUUUUGGAUAAUUGGACAAUGAAAAUCCACUCCUAUUGUAAUAUUUUACCAAUAAGUAAAAUUUCUGUAAAGAUUCACAUGCACAUUAUUUGUGCACGAAAUAAAGUGAUUUGCGUUUAAUUGGUAGAUUUAGGCAUGGUCAAACACAAUGUACGAUUUAAGGUAUUUUUUGGGAAUCUGUGCUUCUUUAAAAACUUCUUGUUACAAAUACGUCUUGUUACAUUUGGGUCCAAACAUUUUCCGCUCCAAAUUUAAUAUGAAAAUCAAGAAGAGGGUGCAAAUGCAUGAAGUUAAUUGCGUUUAAUCGGUAGAUUUAGGCAAGGUCAAACACAUGUACAAUUUUAAGGUACAUUUUUGGGGGAAUGUGGGCUUCUUGAAAUAGUUCUUGUUUAAAAUCUUUCUCGGUAUUAUUGUUUUAAAAAGAAUAUUGACGACACGAAGCAGAACUGAAUGCAGUUACAUUUCAUGUCAGAAAGUAUCGUUUCUUUUCAUCUUAUAUGCUUUAAUGUACAUGUUUAAAUCAAUCUGUAGCAGUAUAUUUAGGGCCUACAGAAAAAAAUGGUGGUUUGCUAAAAUUAAAUCAUUUAGAGAGUAUUUUACAGGUGGAAGGGGGUAGUACAGUUGUCUUAGUGUUCAGAUUAGCUUAAUGUUCAAGUUUUCAUGUUUUCGAUGUCCCUUUUUUAGACUGAAGCUAAACCUUUUGACAAUCUGGCUUAUUUCAAGGUGGGUGCAAACCUAUUGCUGUGGUUUAUCAUUAUUCUAACUGCUGCUUAUUAAAGUUUAAAAUCUAUUAAAUACAAUUGCAACUGGAAACGGUAAUAAAAUUGCAUUAUAAUGGA